GUCUCCAUGUGAUGUGAUUGGUCUGAACUGGGAAGUGUUGGACAUUGAGUGUUUGAACCUUCUGCAUCUUAUUUAAAAUACAGUAUAACUUGAUUUCUUUAAGUUCCCAUUAGCCUGCUCAUCUUUACUGACUGUAUUGAGGCUUUGCUGUGUUGUUGUGAGAAAAGAGCACGAUGCAGAUCGCAGGUCGCUCAGCCUCUCUGGCACUGCUCCUAUCAUUUGCUUUUGGUGUUGCAGAUGCCAUUCGAGCUUUGAAAGAUGGACCCAUGAUCGAUGCUGAAGGAAGGGAAUAUAAAUAUGCCAUUUUAAAAACUGAUGCAGAAAACAUCAGCGGACCACGAUUCAACGACGGAUCCCCGGUCCGUGUACGAUGCACCGAAGCGUCCAUGGUUAUUGUGGUAAAGGCUGACCUGUAUAACAACGGACGCAUCUUGUCACCUGGGGAGCUUUUUUUAGGGGAAGUCGAGCACUCGCAGAGCAGUCGGUGCCGAGCUGUUGCUGCUGGUGACCAUGAAUACGUCAUUGAAGCUGCACUGCAAGACUGUGGCUCCAAAUUAACUAUAUCUGAGGACUCUGUGAUCUACUCAAACAAGCUGAUAAUCUCACCAGCUGCCAGUUACCAUGGCAUUAUAAGGGUGACCCGUGCUGUCGUCCCUGUUUCCUGUCACUAUAAAAGGACACACCUUGUGAGCAGUAAUAACGCUCAGUGGUCGCCUCCGGCCCUCUCUACUCCUGCAACAGCUGCUUUCUCUCUAAAGCUGAUAACGGAUGACUGGACGAGAGAGAUGUUGUCCAGAGUCUUCUACACUGGAGACCUCCUGCACCUCGAGGCAUCGUACUCUGGUCCUGAUUCAGGACAAAGACGACUCUUCGUCGACAGCUGUGUCGCCACUCUGUCACCCGACGCAGCAUCAGUCCCUAGAUACUACUUCAUUGAAAACCACGGGUGCCUCGCUGACGCAAAAGAGGAAGGAUCAAACGCACUGUUCAAACCCAGAACGAGGGCUUCUUCUCUUCGACUGCAGCUCGAUGCUUUCCUGUUUCACCAGGACUCAAGGAACUCAAUAUUUAUCACUUGCCAGCUGAAAGCAACCUCUGAACUGUGGAUGAGCAGCUCCGUCAACAAAGCCUGCAAUUAUGUACAUUCAAGAUGGAUGAAUGUGGAUGGGAGCGAUGUGUGUCGAUGUUGUGACAGCACCUGUGACAAAAGUUCUCCCAAUCUGAGACGUCGGCUCACUAAAGAUAUCACGUCGUGUGGAACUGUGACGCUUGGCCCUUUGAUGGUUUUCCCCAGCAAGUAGGAAAAGAACACAAAUCCAGACAAACUGUCAAUACUUCAAUAAUAUUUUUUAUUUUCUUGGCGUGGUGACAUUAAAAAUCAACCAUCCUAA